UUUUGCAGCUUGUACACAAGGUUUCAUAUAUAACAACAACAACAGGUGGUGGAUGCAUGGCGGCAGAUGAUCAGAAUUGUGCUAGUGCGAUGACGACGAGGCGAAGUGGGGCUCAGACGACGGCGCUGAUGGACGGUUCAGAUAUAAUAGCUUUGGUCCGGAACGAGCAAGUGUUUAGUAACUUCGUGGAUCACAAGUUCCACGAACUCGACGGAGACGGCGACGGCAAGCUCUCCGUCAAAGAGCUGCAACCAGCCGUCGCUGAUAUCGGCGCCGCCCUUGGCCUCCCCCCUCAGGGUUCUUCUGCUCAUUCCGACCAUAUCUACUCUCAGGUUUUGAGUGAAUUCACUCAUGGCACGGCGGAGAGGGUGAGUAAGGCUGAGUUCAGAAAGGUUCUCUCCGAUAUUCUUCUGGGCAUGGCCGCCGGCUUAAAGUGCGACCCUGUCCUCAUUCUUCGCGUCGACGGCCAAGACCUCUGCCACUUCAUUCACAGCUCAGCUUUCGAACCCGAGAUGGUUUCCAUAUUCUCCGAGAUAGAGCCACUGCCCGGGGGAACCCUCAAACACACCAUUGUUCGCGCUUUUCAGAAGCUUUCACUCCAUCACAUAAUGCCUCCCGCUUCAGAUUCUUGGGUUAUGAGCAACGUUAUAGAGGCUGCUCUGCGAUCAUGCGAUGGCGAUUAUGAUCGGCAAGACAUCUCUCAAGAUAGCUUUCUGGCGGCGUUCAUGAAAGCGGCGGAGAUGGCCGUCCAGAGCCUCAACGAGCGGCCUGUGAUGGUUGCCCACAGCGAGAAGACCUUUAAUGGAGACGGCAUCAAGAGACUGUUAUCCAACAAAAUCGAACUGGACAAGACACUGCAAAUAGCACUGAAAAGCGUGCCAAAAGAUCGACAUCGGAAGAUGUCCAAGGAGUAUCUGCGGGUGGCGCUCGAUACGGUGGCGCCGGCGGCCGGUUUACCGCCCUUAGGCGCCGUUGAUCAGAUGGACAAGAUUAUGGCGGAGGCGUUGAAGAUGCUGGAUGCCGACGACGGGAAGGCGGUGAAAGAAGGGGAAUUCGGGAAGAUAUUGACGGAAAUACUGGGGAGCAUCAUGCUGCAGUUGGAAGGCAACCCGAUAUCGGUUUCCACGGAUUCAGUGGUGCACCAGCCCCUUCCAUCUGCUUCGUCCCUCUUGCGGACUACUCAAUCGGAACCCUAGAACUAGAAGAAGAGAAGCAGACGAGAAAUGGUUGAGAUAUAUGUAAUCUGCAAGAGCACGUACGCUUGCUCGCUUUGGAUUGAUCCUUUGCCGUUGCGGCCAUGAAAACGAACUCGUUUCUAACUGGGGGUUGAAUUGAAUGAAUGUCCAUACAGCGGAUGUAAGGGCUUUGGGUUGCUUGCUUAGGCGUGGAGAGCCGUUGCUUGAUAUCACAAACCAUCUCUAUUGAACAACAAAGGAACAAUGUACGUUCAUUGUUAUU